AUGGAUAGGCUUAACGGAGCACCACGUCUCAUCCUUGUUACUGAUCUUGAUUGCACUUUGGUUGAUCACGAUGAUCCUGAAAACGCCGAUAUGCUUAGGUUCAAUGCGCUCUGGGAAGCUCACUAUCGCCACGAUUCGUUGCUCGUUUACUGCACCGGAAGGUCUUACCUUUCUUACCUGAGCCUAAGGAAAAAGAAGCCGUUGUUGACUCCGGACAUCGCCAUAACUUCCGUUGGUUGUAAGAUUGUAUACGGCGGUGAAUCGACGGUUUCCGAUGAUGACUGGGAGGCUCGUUUGGGUGACAUGUGGAACAGAGACAUUGUUCUCGAGGAAACAUCUAAAUUCCCUGACCUUAAGCUGCAGCAAGAGAAGAGUCAAGAGCAGCAUAAAGUGAGUUUCUCUGUGGAUAGAGAACCUGCUCUUGAAAUAAUGGAGAUUCUUCCAGGGAUAUUACUGGAGCGUGGGGUGGAUGUGAAGCUGGUUUAUAGCAACGACUUUGCUUUCGAUGUAUUACCAAAAGGAGCUGGCAAAGGAGGAGCUUUGACAUAUCUACUUGAAAAGUUUGAGGUUGAAGGCAAGCUGACUUCUAAGAUACUUGUUUGUGGUGACUCUGGAAACGACAUUGAGCUCUUUGAGAUCCCUCAAGCGUAUGGUGUAAUGGUUAGCAAUUCGCACAACGAUUUACUGCAAUGGCGUGAGGAGAAUGCAGUGGACAACCCAAAGAUCAUUCUUGCGUCCGAGAGAUGUGGAGCUGGAAUGAUAGAAGCCUUACAAAGGUUUGAUUUGGGACCAAGCAUCUCUCCAAGAGAUGUUCUGGAUACUCAAAAUUUCAACGUGGAGAUUAUGGAUCCUGCUCAUGAGGUUGUCCGGUUUUAUUUGCUUUAUGAGAAGUGGAGAUGUGGAGAGGUGGAGAGGCCUGAGAAUUAUUUGCAGCAUUUGAAAUCGCUCUCUAGUCCACUUGGUAUUUUGGAACAUCCAUCUGGAGUGGAGAAACCGAUACAUGAAUGGAUAGAUGAGAUGGAGAAUUUACAUGGGGACGAGAGGGAAAUACAGUUUCUCAUUUGGUUGGAUCAAGUUUCCUCUUCUCAUGUUACUUCAGAGUCUUGGCUUGUGAAAUUUGACAAGCAUGAGUUAUCUGAGGGAAAAGUGAGGUCUUGUUCAACAAGAGUCUUACUGAGUUUCCAGGGGGAACAGCAAAAGCUGACGUGGAUGCACAUCCACCAAACAUGGUUAGAUGAUUCCUCUUCUGAUGAUCAAGAUAAAUGGAUUUUCUGA